AGCCAGGUACACAAGUAGUAUAUAAAAAGUGGAAGAGCACGUUUUCUUUAGCUCACGUUCUCUGCCAUUAUGGAUCUGAAAGUGGUCGUGCUGACCUUGUGCCUCGUUGCUUUGGCCAUUGACUCUACUGAAGGUGGCAUCAGUAAAUGCUGCAUGAAUACCCGAAAGACUGUCCCGAAGCUGGUGCUUAGGAAGGUCCAAACAUGGUACAUGCAGGACAGCAGUGGCCCUUGUGACAUUGACGCUCUUGUCUUAUAUGUGGUUGUCUGGAAGAAGCCCAUUUGUGUUCAUCCCAACAUGGAGAAAGACCUGAAAAGAGUUCUGAAGAUGAAGAAGAUGAGGCUGGGAAAAACACACUGACAAGUCAAAGGAAAGGGUUCAUGUGAAUUCAAUUACACGUUUAGUUUUUUUUUUUUUCAUUGGGGUAAAUAUCACUGAUGACUUCUGCUAUUCCAUGAUUUUAGUGUCAGUAAUUCCUGUUCAUGCCUUUUCCUGCCAAUAUGGUCUUUAAGGGCUUGCAGACCGUCUGGGCCGUUCUUUUGUUUUUAUGAUGCUAAACACUUUCUUCUUAUUGCUUCUGCUGGACAUUGUUUUACUUGCAAAUAAACUCAACCACUUCAAUAUUAGGCAUCUGCAAUUCACUGCAUUUGAUCGACAUGGAGGUGGGGAAUGAUUAUCACCUGAAUAUCAUUUUGAAUCAUUCUGAAUUCCAGUUUCCAUGCUAAUGUAUUGGUGCACUCACAGACAAAAAGUAGUUGAGCAUCAGUCAACAUCAUUUCUGCUUGCCUAGUCGAGCACUGGUACAUUUCGACUCUCACCAGCAGAGACUUGUUUUUUCACUCGCUUCGGACUUUAGGCCCACUUCAGCUGCUCCUCUCUUUCUCCUCUCCCUUAUCUUUUUUUCUGUUCUCACUCAGG